AUGGUAGUCCUUAGUGAUGAAUUGAUAGCUAAAACGGGGUCCCUUUGUUGUGUGGCUGCAAGGCCACAUGGGUCUAAUGCAGCCAGCCGGGACUGGUCUGUGGGACCACAUGAACCUUACUGGAGAACUAACACUAGCUUUUCUCCUCCACCUUCAAGAUGGGACUUACAAUUCCAACCUGAAGGAGUGUCUUUUGGUUCCCAUGAUGGCAUUCAGUUGUAUGGGUCUUCAGCAUCAUCAAAUAGUAGAGGAAGUAGAAGUUGGGUGAGAGGAAACAAUCUGACAAAUCAUCAGUUUCUUGUAUCUGAUGGCAUUGGUCCCUACUUGAGUAGUCCAGCUGGCAUAUCUCCUUCGCAGCAAUGGACACCCCCAGCAAUACAAGAAAUUGGCACUGAUGAUUAUGGUGCUUCAGGGAGAGAUGUAAUUUGGAGGCCACUAUCCUUUUCUCCCACCAUGGAGGGAACAUCAGCAGCUAGGGAUGGUGGAGGCUCUACAUCGUCCCAAUCAGAUAGUAGUUGUGAUUAUGAGUCCAUGGUCAAGUCACAUACCCUUCAUCGUAACCGUCGCUGCUUUAUGUCUAAAGCUAUUCAUCCUCUGUCCCUCCCAUCAGAAAGGCGCACUAGAGAGAGUUCCAGUAUUGCAUCUGCUGGGCUGGCUGAGUUUGAUCCUAUGACUCCACAAAGAGACAGACAUCAUUUGAGCAGCACUAGUGGCAGCAUUGAUUUCACUGAAGCACCCGAGACGUUUGAAUGUGAUCAAUCAACCAGGUCUCGGAGCCCUGCUGAUUGUUUCAGAUGCGGGUUGUGUGAGAGGUUCCUUUCACAGAGAUCGCCAUGGAGCUCUCGUAGGAUUGUCAAGAGUGGAGAUAUGCCAGUUGCUGGAGUCCUUUCCUGUCGCCAUGUCUUCCAUGCAGAGUGCUUGGACCAAACAACACCUAAAGCUUGUAAGAGUGACCCUCCUUGUCCCAUCUGCAUCAAGAUUGAUGAAGGUAACUCCCCUGACCAGAGAUUGUUUUCCAAGCUGAGGAACACCUUCCCCCGCCUCAGACCUUUCUCCGAGGACGCACCAUCCAAGCAAUGGGGCUGUGUUCAAGCAGGAGAUUGUGUUGAAGGAGCAUUCCACACCCCCAGUCGAAGCACAUUGCUGUCCCUUAACAGGAACCAGUUGCGGAAAAACCUCUCACUAAAGGGAAAUGCAGGGAGACUGAGGAAGAGUGGCUUGUUUUCGCCCCAGCUUUUCGCAGCCUCAGGUGAACAUGGUUCAGCUGGCUCCUCAAAGACAAUCGGGGGUUCCAGUUUCAAGUAAAGAAAAGUGGAAUUUGUGUAUAGGGAUAGACAAAGGAUGGGUAACGAGUUGUGCCUGCUACUGUUGAUUCUGGGUUCCUUGUGAUUUAUGAUUUGUGUUUGCUGUAUGUUGCCUCUCUCUAGCCAUCAUAUUGUUCUAGAAUCCCUUUGUGUUUAAACCCCUUCACCACAAAUAUAUUCAACUGCAUCAGCCUUCUGAUUU